GCGUCACCCCAAGAUGGCGGCCUGAGGCGGAGGCGCCGCUUCCCCCCGUGCCCGCAGAACGAAGAGGCUGCAGCGCGCUGCCAGGAUGCAGUAUUCCCACCACUGCGAGCACCUCCUGGAGAGACUGAACAAGCAGCGGGAAGCCGGGUUCCUGUGCGACUGCACCGUGGUGAUCGGGGAGUGCCAGUUCAGAGCGCACAGGAACGUGCUCGCCUCCUUCAGCGAGUACUUCGGAGCCUUCUACAGAGAUGCCUCUGACAACAACGUGGUUUUGGAUCAGACUCAAGUGAAAGCUGAUGGAUUCCAAAAACUCCUGGAAUUUAUUUAUACGGGAAACUUAAACCUGGACAGCUGGAAUGUUAAAGAAAUCCACCAGGCUGCCGACUAUCUCAAAGUAGAAGAAGUGGUCACUAAAUGCAAAAUCAAGAUGGAAGACUUUGCUUUUAUUGCUAACCCCUCUUCUACAGAGACAUCCAGUAUCACUGGCAACGUUGAAGUGAAUCAGCAGACUUGCCUUCUGACCCUCCGAGAUUACAAUAACCAAGAGAAAGCAGAUGCUGCUUCUGCAGAGUUGGUUCAACCACAGGCAAAGAAAACAGCUUUAGAGAAGAAAUCUCCUCAGGCCAAAAAGCAAAAGAAGAAUUUCAGCUCCCCCAAAAGCACACAGAAUAAAUCCGUCCAGUAUCAGAGCGAUGUGACUGAGAACACAUCCAUUGAAAUGUUUUUAGAUGCAAAUAAGCUGGCCACCCAGAUCACAGAACAGGCUGCCCAAGGCAGUGAUAACUCUGAACUACAACUGGCGUCUGUGGUGGAAAGCGAAACCCUGGCAGCGCAGGACAUCCUGGUUCAGACUAUUGCAGCAAAACAGAAACGGGGGAAAGCUCAGCAGGGCUGUGCACUGAAGGAGCACUGCAUGUCUAACAUAGCCAGUGAAAAGAACACUUACCAGCUGGAGAGCUUGGGAGAAGAGCUCGACCAGAAGUACUCCAAAGCCAAGCCGGUGUGCAACACCUGUGGAAAAGUCUUCUCAGAAGCCAGUAGCCUCCGUCGACACAUGAGGAUACACAAGGGAGUGAAACCAUACGUGUGCCAGCUCUGUGGGAAGGCCUUCACCCAGUGCAAUCAGUUGAAAACACAUGUAAGAACUCACACAGGGGAGAAGCCAUACAAGUGUGAGCUGUGUGACAAAGGCUUUGCUCAGAAGUGCCAGUUGGUGUUCCACAGUCGGAUGCAUCAUGGGGAAGAGAAACCCUACAAAUGUGAUGUCUGCAAUCUGCAGUUUGCAACGUCCAGCAAUCUGAAGAUUCAUGCCAGGAAGCACAGCGGGGAGAAGCCCUAUGUGUGUGACCGGUGCGGGCAGCGGUUCGCGCAGGCCAGCACGCUCACCUACCACGUGCGGCGCCACACGGGGGAGAAGCCCUACGUGUGUGACAGCUGCGGGAAGGCCUUCGCUGUCUCCAGCUCCCUCAUCACCCAUUCCCGGAAACACACAGGGGAGAAGCCAUAUAUCUGUGGCAUUUGUGAAAAGAGUUUUAUUUCCUCUGGAGAGCUCAACAAACAUUUUCGGUCCCAUACAGGUGAAAGACCAUUUAUCUGUGAAAUGUGUGGAAAUUCUUACACAGAUAUAAAAAAUCUUAAGAAGCACAAAACGAAAGUUCACACAGGAUCUGAAACUCCCCCCGAUUCUAAUGCACUUGAUAAUUCUUUCAAUGAACAAGAAUCCAUUCAGAGUCAGAAAAGUCCUUUAUCGGAGUCCAUAGAUGUGAAACCCUCCGAGAUGUCAUUAGCACUUCCUCUUCCCAUUGGGACUGAAGACCAUCAGAUGCUGCUUCCUGUGACGGGUGGUCAGUCUCCUUCAUCAGAAACAUUACUAAGAUCUGCUGUGACUGGAUAUUCAGAACCUCAGUUUAUUUUCUUGCAGCAGCUAUACUGACAGUGCAGUACAGAGCCACCAAGGUAAUUUGGUAGUGAACUUGCACACCUUUGGUAAGGUGAACAUGAUCAAGCAAGCAGUCAAACGUCUUGAACUGGACUUGUUUUGUUUUUUUUCCUCUGUAUAAAGACACCUGUCAGGCAUUUCCAUUGUGCAGUGCUGUCUUUUGGUUUUUGUUGUGCUAAUCUACAAUCAAAUUUCUAUUUGCAAUUAACACAUUUUCAGGAGACUAUUUCUUUCCAGCAACACUUGCCUUAAGAAUUUUUUGUUAAAUAUGUUAAUGUAUUGUAGAGAUUUUCUCCCAUGUUCCUGCUGAUCUGAUGAGUCACAAUGUCAUUUGAGAGCAGACAUUUUAAGCCAUAUUUGAUAGUUUAAGAAUAUUAACCCAGAGGUCUAAGAGGAAAAUCAUAAUUUGGAUGUACCUGACAGGUUUGCACUCCUGCAUUCCAAGGUGGUAUAAUGGUAGAUGAUGGAAGAACAUAGACAGUGCUCUGGUGAGGAGCUUGCAAAGAAUUACUGCUGUCUGCCAGAAGUAGCCAUCUUUAGUUGAGGUCUGACCAGGAGUUCUGUGUCUAUUUUCCUGAUAAGGCAAGUAAAGGAAGGUUAAUUUUUUUCUGCAGCAUGGUAAGUCAGACAGUUCUAAUGGCUUAGAUACUACUGGGUGUUCUUCCAGCAAGUCACUUCUUUUUUUUAAAGUGAAUCCGGCAUUGUUAUAUCUCAUCCCAGAUUUAUUUUUGACAUCCCUAAAAGGCCCUGGGUUUGGCACAAAUAGCGACAUUUGCUCAAAAGGAGAGUGAAACAUGCAUGUCGUAGGUGAGAGAAAAAGAUGCAUUGACUCAAUUGUGAGGCAUGAAUCAGCUUCAUAAUCCCUUUUUUGCAGUAGUGCUGCUGCUUGUGCUAGACUGUAAGUACAAGAGAGGAAAUGAACCCUGCCCUUCACUGUGAAAAUUGUAAGUGAACACUACAUGAGGGGGCAUUAAGGAAGAACACAACAAAGCAGAUGGAUAUUCUUCCAGGCAAGGUUUUGUUAGAGUAUGACUGGUUUGUUUUACCUGAAGUAUUUAUGAAUUGCUUUACCUCUCGUGUCACUUGCCCACAGUACCUGCACAAAACUGGUACCUAGCAAGACUCAUAUAAAGGUAUGUUUUAUUACUAGCAAUGUAAAUUCUUAAAAAGCAACAUUUUUAGUGUCUUGAUAGGGUCAUUAGUUACAGACUAGUUGACUAUAGGAGUACUUUUAUACUCUGUUUUGCCAGUUUGUGCCAUUAACAUAAUGUAAGCAUUAUUUAAGUAAUCAUCAAAUAGUAAGGAAACAGUCAUAAUACUGUACCAACAAUGCAUUUAAAGAUAUUAUUUGUUGGUUAUUUACUUGGUGCUAGCAUUUUAUUUCCACUGAUGCCUUGUGUCCAGACACUGAUAAAUAGAACAUAGGAGAUACCUCUUAACUGAUUCUGUUCUACAUAGAGUAAUAAUUAAUCUGCACCUUAAUUAAACACACUUCUUGGAGGACUCCAAAGCAUGACUAUAUGACUCCCCUCCCCCCCUCUUCCUACCUGUUCGUCCUUGUGAAGUAAUAGACCUUUUACCUCUUUGUGUUGUUGAUCAUCUUAGUUUGUGGCAUGUUUAAAACUCUGCUUCUUUAUUAUAUUUUAUGCUUUAAUAUAUGGCAAAUUUGCUGAUGAAGUCUACCACAGACAGCACAGCCAUGUUUAUCAGGAUCAUUGUUAAUGUGGGCAUCUCUAACACUGUCCACUGAAGCUAAUUACUGCCACAGCUGCCUGACUUUUGUUUGCUUUGCUUAUCUGUGCUACAGUAUUUCUGAACAGCUGAUGUCCUUCACAAUGCUGGCAAAGGACAAUGGAUUAAGUUCUCUGUUGGUUUGGUAUUUCCUCCUUUCUUCCUCAUUUUCUUUUUUUAGCUUCUGCUGUUGAUGUAGCACCUGAAGGAUUCCUUAGCCUUGCCACUUAAGACAGAAGAACUACAAAGAUCAGGAUCUUGACUAUGAAAAAAGCAAACUCUGUGUAGUUUAUCAUAAGGCUCCUCUUUACUUUCUGUCUCUGAAAAUAGAGCAGAAGUCUUGGGAUAGACAGAGGCUUAGUCAUGAAUGCUAAAAUAGAACCAUACCACACAAUGGAUAGAUGUCAUAUUUAAACAGCUUGGGAAGAUAAAGUAGUUCUAUGCUGCUGUUACCUGAGGAAACGUAUCUGAAGAUUUAACACACCCAGGAUAAGUGACCACAAGAGAGAACUAGCUCUGGAAAAAACUUCUUUUUCAAUCACAUUCCUACACAGAAAAUGCAUUCCAUAACAAUGUUUGUUUGGAUUGUUUUUGUAUUUCUAAAUUAUAGCUUAUUACUGUAUUCUUAGAUUUCAUACUUUUUAAAAUAAUACAGUGCUUAGAUUUAUAAAGGAUUUGUUUAGAUACUUGUAACAGUAACAAUUGCUUUAUUAGUCAUUUAGUUUUCUUUAUAGAAAAGAAGAUAAUUAUUUUUUACAGGACAACAGUUUUAACCUUUCUUAAUAGAAUACACAAGCUUGUAGUCUUGUCUUGGAGCAAUAAUUUAGAGACCUGCACUCUUGAGUCCCCAUCUAAGAGGCUUGAUUUUUAUCCUCAUCUUUCAUGAAGAUAUCUCAGCUGCUGAGGUAUGAUCUCUAUGAAAUGUAUUCAUUUACUAGAAUAUAGAUUUUAAAUAUAUAUAUAUAUAUAAAAAAAAAUAUUUGUAGGUGUGUUCAGGCUGGGUGCUGUAGGACCUAAAGAAGCAGGUCUGCACUGUACCUUUUUGUCCAUAGAUGAGUGGACAUCAGCUGCACAUCUUAAUUCCUAGGCUUAAGGAUCCCAGGUUUGUUUUGGAGCUACAAGCUUUGUAACAGUAUUGGUAGCUUCUGUAAGGGAUUAUUUUUGGAAAACAUGGAAUCUUUUUAGGCAAACAUCUCCUUCUUGAGACCUACCUGUGAAAGGAAAGAGAAAAUUUUAGUAAUUCCAUUAACAGUAAUUUAGAGAAAAUGACAUGAUUUAUCACACCAUUUCAGUGAAUUAAUACUGAAGUUGGUGCAAGUUUUUUGUUAUUCUGUAUUGAGAAAUUUCUGAAUUGGAUGUUUGGGAAUAUUUAUGCGAGAAUAGCUCCUCAUAUGACACUUCCAAGUGUGUGCCUAAAUGUGGGCACAAAACAUGACAACUUUUCUGAAAUCAUGUGUUUCCAAAAAGCUCUCAAGUAUGGACAAGUCCCAUGUUAAGGAUUUCAGGGCUGUGAUCUUGGAGAGGCUUUUGGUAAGCCUGGCAGAAUUAAGUUCAGAUAAGGACUAAUAACUGAUUUUUUGGUUAAAUUAUUUUAAAAAUAUUUUUCAUGUAAAUACAAUUCUUCCUCUGUGAUUUGUAUAUAGCUCAACUCUCAAUUUUAUAAACCCCUGGGAAGGGAGGGAGUUGUACAUACUUAGCCUGAAGUGUUUUAUGUUAGACUUUAAUAAACUUGUUUUGUAAUUUUCCCUCA